CAUUAUCAACAUUGCUUUAAAACUGGGUGAACGUCCGUCCAAUGAAUCGAUCGAAUCAUUCAAGGAAACAUUUAAUGUCUAUAAUACCGAUAAAGAUAAUAUAAUUAAUUCAUCUCUUACAACACUCGAAACGUUAUCAAUGGAGGAUAAAGAGAUCAAUAUGAAAUAUUGUCAUGAUACAACUUGUAAAUUCAUGUUUCCAUAUUAUCAUCAAGAACAAGAAACUCGUGCUAAUAUUCAUACUCGUGUAUACAUACAAUUAGCACGAGCUUUAAAUCGUACUGUAGUUCUAGCAAACGUUGGUAACUCAAAUGUCCAAGCUUGUUCUCCACAUUCAUACGAUUUUUAUUAUGAUACUGAAGCAUUACAAAAACAAUAUCCUGAUAUUCGAUUUAUAACUCAAGAUAAAUUUAUGGAAUGGGCAAAAGAAAGAAAAAUAAGUCCUGUUACACUACAUUCAUGGAUUAUUCAAGAUGGUAGAAAUGAUUCUUUCACAGUUCGAGAAAAGAAAAUUAUGGGUUUAUAUGAUAGUGUUGAAUUCGGAAUUGAUGAAAAAAAAUCUUUUUGCAUUGAUAAAUUUAAUCUAAACAUUACGAAUUAUAAAGAAUUUCACACUGGGAUUGUAGAAAAACCUGAGAAUUUAAAGGAAUUUUUCUUU